AUGUUAUAAUAAUCUGAGAAGGACUUCACAAUUGAGCAAGUGGUUGGGACUGGUACAUUUGGCAUGGUGCAUCUGGCCACUGAUAAUAGGACGAAGGAGAAGGUUGCGAUCAAGAAGGUGUACUAGGAUCGGAGAUACAAAAACAGAGAGCAUUUGAUCAUUUAAGAAUUGAAUCACCCAUGUGUGGUUAUGUUACGCCAUUCGUUUUUCACCCCUGGAGAGAAUCCACAAGAUGUGUACCUCAAUCUUGUGAUGGAGUACGUACCAGAGACACUUUCGAAGAUGAUACGUCAGAUACGCAAGCAGAAGCAAACGAUCCCAUCCACAUAACUCAAGCUCUACAGUUAUCAAAUGCUUCGUGCGCUGCUCUACCUGCAGGCCAUCGGAAUAUGCCACAGAGACAUAAAACCCCAGAACAUCCUGAUCAACCUCGAAACCAACGUCCUCAAAAUUUGUGAUUUUGGCUCAGCUAAAAGGCUGGUAGUAGGUGAACCUAACAUUGCGUACAUUUGCUCUCGCUACUACAGAGCGCCAGAAUUGAUUUUUGGAGCCACCGAUUACACCACAUAAAUCGACAUGUGGUCAAUUGGUUGUGUCAUUGUUGAAAUGGUUAUGUUGGAACCCAUCUUCCCAGGAGAGAGUGCCCAAGACUAGUUAUUGUAGAUCAUCAAGAUUCUUGGCACACCAACUCCUGAUAUCAUUAAACAAAUGAACCCAGCCAAAGCUGAAGUCAAACUACCUACGAUCAAAGGCAAUCCCUGGUCGAAAAUCUUAGCCAAGCAUAAACCAGAUCUAUUAUUUUUGGAUCUCAUUUCACAGAUGCUAACUUACUCUCCCAAAGCCAGGAUUCAGCCCAUAGAUGCACUCUUGCAUCCAUACUUUGACGACCUAAGAAAGGAGGAAUUUGCCAAAUUAAAUAUCAAAUCCCCAAACCUAUUUGACUUUAACAAGCAAGAACUAAGCAUCAGACCAGAACUCAAUUCUAAAUUAAUCCCACAAUGGUAUUAAAAGUUAAAUACCUGA